AUGAGGGUUGUUAUUGCCGGGACCAAUUCGCUUGCUUUGUUAAUCGCUUCCUAUGUGAAGGAGAUGACGAGCCAUCAACUCAUCAUCCUAUCUCGAUUUGAGCAACCGCAACUAAAAUCUCACGGCUUCGAAGUUCUUCUCGUUGACUACGACGACGACACUUCAGUGAAACAUGCCCUGACUGGAGUGCACACCGUGAUAUCCACGGUCACCGGUCCUCCACAAUUACAACUGAUUCAAGCUGCGGUUCAGACCGGUGUCCGACGAUUUGCUCCGGCGGAGUUUGAAGGAUUGCCGUCGAAUCGGCGCGCGAAUGACGCUCUCGACCGAGACAAGACGGCCGCGCUCACCUGGCUGCAGCAUUACCGACGCGAGCUCGAGUCGACGACCUUCGCGUGUGGGGUUUUCUACGAGCGAUUCGCGCCGGGCGGCCUCGCGGCGUACCAGAUCGGACUGGAAUUUGGCCUCGCGGGCGAGGGCGACUACAUCAUGAACAUGCGGGACAUGCGGGUCCAAGCGCCGAUUUAUGAUCCGCAAGGCCGAACCAAUGUCAUCAUCUGUCUCACUGCCAUGCGGGACGUAGCACAAUUCGUGGUGCGGGCACUCGACAUGCCGUCGUGGCCCGCCCAACUGACCAUGUAUGGCGAGAAGAUGACCGUGUACCAGCUUACCCAACUAGCAGCGGAAGUCAAGGGGUUUCCGAGCGCAUCCGUACAAUGGCACGAUAUCAAUUCGCUCCGCUCCGAGAUUGUGAUGGCGGAAUAUGAGGACGAUGGGGAGCGGCUGCUGCGAGCGCACGAUCAUGUCGCGACCAUCGAAGGACGGUACGACGUCACCGACCGGAGUUUGAAUCGGAGAUUCCCUGAGAUUCACCCGCUGCGAUUUCGGGAUUGGCUGGCCCAAGUCUGGAGCGGGCAAUGA